AGACACACACACGCCUACCUGCUGUGAGGCGAGCUGAAGUUUCCUUUUAAAUAAACAUGGCUAACUGGAUUGUGAACCAUGGACUGGAAACCUUUAUUUUGGUGGUCUGGAUGGGCAUCAACAUCUUCUUGUUUAUUCACUUUUAUAUGUUCUAUGAUGUGGGGCCUGAGUACUUCUACACCCGUGUGCUGAUCGGGUCUGCACUCUCCUGGGCAAGAGCUCCUGCUGCUGUUCUCAACUUUAACUGCAUGCUCAUCCUCCUGCCUGUGUGUCGCAACCUGCUGUCUCUGAUCCGUGGUUCCUUCAUGUGCUGUGGACGAACCUUGAGGAAACAGCUGGACAAAAAUCUUACAUUCCACAAACUGGUCGCCUACAUGAUUGGCUUGAUGACUGCCGUUCACAUCAUUGCCCAUCUGCUGAAUGUGGAAUGGUUCAUCAGUAGCCGUGAGGGACGUUUUGGUCCUCUUGCCCGUAAUCUCUCCAUACUUGCGGAUGAUAAAGAGGAUAAUACCACUUACCUCAAUCCUAUCCAGUCCGACUCUACGACACCACUCCUGUUUGUAUUCACUACCAUUGCUGGCCUUACUGGAGUUGUGAUCACUCUCGCACUCAUUCUUAUCAUUACAUCAUCAAUGGAAGUGAUACGACGAAGCUACUUUGAGGUGUUCUGGUACACCCACCACCUCUUCAUCAUUUUCUUUGCAGGCCUGGUCUUUCAUGGGGCAGGGCGCAUUGUGCGAAGUCAGUUGACUAACCCAUCUCACAACACUAGCUUCUGCAAAGAUCAUCCAGAGAAGUGGGGUCUGAUUCCUCAAUGUCCCAUUCCUCAGUUUGCAGGAAAGUUUCCUCAGACUUGGAUGUGGGUGAUUGGUCCUAUGGUCAUUUACUUAUGUGAGAGGCUGUUGCGCUUUAUCCGCUAUAUUCAGACUGUAAAGUAUAAAAAGAUUGUGAUCCAUCCAUCCAAAGUCCUCGAGCUGCAGUUAGUGAAGUCUGGAUUUAAAAUGGAUGUUGGACAGUAUAUCUUCUUGAACUGUCCAGCCAUCUCCCAACUUGAAUGGCACCCAUUUACAAUGACCUCAGCCCCUGAGGAAGACUUCUUCACUGUACACAUCCGCUCAGUCGGGGACUGGACUGAGAAGCUCAUCAAGAUGGUAGAAAAAUUACCAGAGGGAAGUCAAGGGCCCAAAUUAGGUGUGGAUGGUCCAUUUGGAACAGCCAGCGAAGAUGUGUUUGAUUAUGAGGUCAGCAUGCUGGUGGGUGCAGGCAUUGGCGUGACCCCAUUUGCUUCCAUCUUGAAGUCCAUUUGGUAUAAAUUUAAAGAUUCCAACCCAAAGCUACGCACCAAAAAGAUUUACUUCUAUUGGUUGUGCAGAGAGACACAUGCCUUUGAGUGGUUUGCAGAUCUGCUUCAGGUGCUUGAGAAGGAGAUGGAAGAGAGAGGCAUGAAGGACUUUCUUACAUACAAACUCUUUCUCACUGGAUGGGAUUAUACACAUGCAACCCAUGUGAUGGUGCAUUUUGAUAAAGACACUGAUGUCAUCACUGGCUUGAAACAGAAGACUCACUAUGGAAGACCAAACUGGGAUAAGGAAUUUGAGCAAGUUCGACAAGAGAACCCCUCGUCAGUGGUCGGUACAUUCCUGUGUGGCCCAGCCGUUUUAGCUAAGGUUUUGGAAAAGAAAUGUGUGAAAUAUUCUAAUGUUGAUCUGCGAAAGACCAGAUUUUACUUCAACAAAGAGAACUUUUGAGCUGUUGCUUGAAACAACCAGAUUAACCAGAAGUACAAGCUCUUCAGUGUUCUGUUCUCUUUCCAGCCAGAGCUUAUGAAAUACCAUGAUGGCUGCCUGCAUGUGAAGCCCUGAAAUAAUUUACAAGCUAACGAAACUGAUAUGUCUGCAGAACUUGAGCUAUCUGUAGUAGUGAUGGUUUCAUCCUGCUGGUCAAUAUACAGUCAUACAAACUUCAGGAUCUGCCCCCAACAAUCACUUUGAGCCUACUGUUCUGUAUAUCAACUGAUCUUUACUUUGACAGACAUCUGCUUGAAGUCACAUUUUUAUUUUAUAUUUUGAAGGCUAUAUUAAGGCAUAUACGGUAUGCAACAAGACCUCUUUAUGACCUUUCUUUUCAGGAGUUAUAACAUUUUAUUUAAUCUGCUUUCUUGCCUUGUUACUGACAAACCAUGUGGUAUGAAGGAAAUAAUUAUAGUGUUCAGAGUUCAACAGUGUACUUACGGGGGGGGGGG